AUGGAGUGUAAGACUCCUGAGAUCCUAACAGCGUCGUUGAGGGUGAUCAACCUUCACAACCUGCUCCAUGGUAUCCAUGGGGAAGCCGAGAAGCUAGUCUUGGCCGCCAAGGAGGAUGGGAUAUUCUAUGUAGAUUUCACAGGCCAUGCAUCAAGCCCAUUUACCGGCUUGGUAGAUGAGAUAUAUUCGUUAUCCCGGUCGUUGUUCGACCUUGAUAUCGAAGAAAAGAUGCAAUACGAUGUGGACCAAAUGGGGAUGCUCAAACUCAACGGAUCGUUUGUGCUGACGGGCUGCCUACAGAUUCCACAUCAUGGCAUCUUUUCGGUGACCAAUGAACCUUUCCCUCGGCCGGCUCCAAUUGACGAGCACUGGCAGGCCCUGCAAGGCAUUGUCCGCAGUUGUCGAGAUGUAGCGGGCACAAUCUUUCGGACCAUGUCCACGGCGCUCCAUCUGCCCGCCGACAAGACCUUUGAAUCAUUCCACCAUCCAUGCCACGCCUCGCUGGACAUCAUCCGACUCCUCAAAUACCAGUCAGCGCCCCCGGGCGAGACCACCCCUCGGGUGCCCCAAACCGCGCACACCGACUUGGGAUCCCUUACGAUGUUGUUUGCCUCUACGCCGGGCCUGCAGAUUUGUCCCCGAGGCUCCGACGAUUGGUUGUACGUGAUGCCUCGCGCGAACAGCAUGAUCGUCAAUCUGGGCGAUGCCAUGAGCAUCUGGACGGAUGGCGUUUUCCAGAAUGUGCUACACCGCGUCAGCUCGAUGCCCGGUCAGGCCAUGGAGGAACGGUACAGCUUCGCCGUCUUGAUGCGUCCGGCCGAUGGGGCGCCAAUGGUUUCUUUGAUGCGCCCUUCCCCGAGCGGAUUGGAGGCCGAACCCAUGCGGUGUGACAUUUGGCUUCGGGCGAAGUUCCUGGCGCUCCGCGGCCAGAAGAAUGGUGAGCGGAAGGAUUCUGAUAUCGCGGUCCUCACGGGGUGUCCUGAUGGGCGACCCCGUUUUCUGGAGGUGUAG